AUGUCAACAACAGAUGUGAAAUGUAAUUUUACCAUUGAUAUUUUACUUGAACAUGAUUUUCUUCGUGAUAGUGGAAAAUGUUCAAGUUGUCAACAGCCUCUUGGAAUACAUCGUUAUAAAAAUGACAUUGAAAAACAAAUUGGUAAAUUAAACAUGGGUCAUCAAAAUCAAAAUGCUGAUAUUCAAAAAGAAGAUAAUGCCAAUAAUGAACAUGAACCAUCAGGUAUUCAGAAAAGAAAUACAUUACUUUCACCACCGAGCUCAAUGAAUUGGCCAAAUAUUCUUACUAAUUUGCAUUCAAAUCAUUCCGAUGAUAGUGACAGUAUCAAGUCAUCUGCAUCAUUCCAAGCUAGUACUCGUAUUCAUUCAGGCACAAUAUCUGAAGAUUCACAAACGGUUAAAAAGAAUCAAGCUAUUGCAAGAAAAAAGAAAAAUGAAGUGAUCAUGCAGGCAUCAAGACAACGAAUUUUUUUAACCCAAGAAUUCCUACGAAAACAUUAUUGUUCACGCAUUGGCUCAAAUAACGUCGAAGAAUUAUACAAUCGGAUAUUAUCAAUGAUCAACAAAGACACUAAUCGUGUUUACCAUCUAAUGAAACAUGCUCGACAUUCAUGUUAUGGUCUUAUACAAAUAAUAAUGAAUGAUGAUCAAUUGAUGGAUUUAUUCAAAUUUUUAGAUACUUUUGUACCGUGA